UUUUCCUUAAAGAGUCACCACGCGUCAGCUGAAAGAACCACAUUUCCCAAGAAUCCAUUCUCUCUGGGAUGUGUCGCUUUGGAAAUCUGUCUUUGUUGCUCUGGGAGAGGGGACUCCCGGAAUGUGUCUGUGAAUAAAGACUAGCCGAAGGUGUGAAGUGACUAGAUGGGAGCAAAGGAGGAAAACUAGGGAAUGGAAGGAAAAUAGAGUUAGUGGCUUUUUCACAUCUUUCCAGUCCAAGAACUUAUAGAUAAUGUGGCCUCAUGAAUAGGAAUGUCUGCCCAUAUGUCAGGAUUGGAAAUAAUGGAUGAAGAUCAAUUAAUCAAAGAAGUCUUGGAUAAAUUCCUUAAAUGUCAUGAGCAAACAUAUGAUGAAGAAUUUCUGAACACUUUCACUCAUCUUUCACAAGAGGAUCGUGUGUCCAAAAGGGGAGUGUUUGGAACUGAUUCUUCAGAAAACAUUUUUACCUCAGCAAAAGUUACUCAUAAAAAUGAAGCAAAUGACUGCCAUCUUAGAAAUAAAACCAUCUUUCUUCGUACUUCAUCACAAUGUUUGGAAGAACAGGUAGAUAAUUUCCUAGAUUUAGAAGAUUUGGACAUGGAUGAAGAGAUUAAACCCCAAAUGAGUGAGGAUUUGCUGCUGCUUCCGGGAGAAGUGGAGCAGGAUGUAAGCACCAGCAUUCCUUCCUGUAUCCCUUUUGUGGCCCAGCCUCCUACCUGUGAAAUGAAGCCAAAGCCCGCUGUAAAAAGAAUGGACAAACAGACGGAAGAGAUACUUGGAGAUGAAGUUCAACCCUUUUCACUUGAUGAAGAAUUUGAUUAUGACAAUGUGACGCUAACCUCCAAGUUUAGUCCUGCAGAGAUAGAGACCAUCAAAGAGCUAUGCAAGCAGAAGAGAAAGGACACCAGCCCAGACUUAGGGGAACCCUGUGGCUGAUUCACAGAGGCAUGUUUUGUGUGUGUGCUUAUUUUAAUUUUGUUCUUAUUCAAGCAACAUUAGAAUAAAAGAUAAACCUACUAUAA